UAACGGGAUUAUUAAAUAACUAGUAAAUGAAAUAAAUUUAAUUUCGACCACCCAACAACCUCGUUGCUAUUUACGCAUAAAAAAAAACUUAUUUUGUACUUUAUUGUUAAAACCUACAUAGAAAUAGUUUUUCUCUUAUCUGGCUCUACUGAGAUUCACCUCCUCCUGGACAGUGCGCCGCCAUGUGUGCCCUCCAUCCGGCGUGGCUGUGCUUGCUGUUCGGGCUCGUGUCUCUGGAGGUCCUGGCCCGUGAUGUGAUUCUGCAGAGAGCUCACCGAUACAGGUUGAGUUUUUCCAGAAUCUCUAAAUACCCAAAGCCAUCUUACACCAACAUCCUGCCUACUGCCUCUGAACUCUCUGUUGCCAUUGGCAACCAAAUCUCUGAAGAAGACACACCUAUUAUCGGGGGUGCCCUGUUGCAUAAAGAUCCUUCACCAAAGUUGUCUGAUCUGUUGCUUGACCGAAACUACAAUGCGCUACCAGAUGCGCCAGUGUGGCUGCAUGGGUCACGUAGCCGUCGUCAUGCCAACAGUGGUGGUGGGAGGAGCCAUGGCCAUCUGAUGAGGGUUGGAUGCGUCCUAGGAACCUGCCAGGUGCAGAACCUCAGCCAUCGGCUCUACCAGCUGAUUGGACAGAGUGGGCGGGAAGACUCCUCCCCCAUUAACCCCCGCAGUCCUCACAGCUACGGCUAAGAGCGCAACUCAAAUCCAGCAAUCCAGCAAGAUGCCUUUAUUGACAACAUAUGGCAAAUCACUCUGUUUCUUUAUGAACUAUAGAUGAGAUGAGAGCCAAAAAAAAAAAAGUCUAUUGUCAGUCCUGAAAAGAAUAAUUAUGUUGUAUUGUAUCUUGGGUCUUUCUUAACAGUUUUGACAUGAUAAUAAUAACAUUGUGCUCAUCACGUAAACUGCUGAAAUCUUUGAAUUUGCAACAUCACUCAGUCAGAAUAUCAGAUUUUAAUCAAACCAACAGGAACUGUAGAAUCUUGGUAGCCUAGCAGGCUUGUUAACUUAAGUUAAGGAAAGUUAUCAGAGUUGAAUGACUGAGGUUUAUUAACUCCCUGAAUCUCUUUUGCUUGGGGAUUUCCGUUCAGGUUUGACAAAGCUGUUUUUUAUCAUCUGAAACAAACAGAGGGCAGCUGGUUUUGUAAUUGUCACCUGAGCUCAUCUCUUCUACUUAGUGGACUGCUGUUUGGAUGAAGAAGAAUUUGUUUGUUGUCUGUUCAAGGAUUUACCAUAAGUGAUAGAAACUUGUACCUUUUCUUAUAAUUUUUUAGGGAUCCCGCCAAGUGCCAGGAAGUUAGAUAAAAAAGUCAUAAACUACUAGUAAUAGCAACAGAUGCCAACAUUUGGCCUCAUUUUCAAGUGAAAACUUCU